AUGUGUUGGUCUGCUUAUGUUGCUACAUUGGCUUAUUUUUUUCUGGAAUUUGAGAUUAGAAUUCUUUCACAUACAAGUAUCAAUAAAUUGGCUUUGUUUCUCUCCACCUUUCAUCAUGAACAAAAAUAUCUUCGACUUCUUAUUGACACUAUUCAAAAUGCCCAUGUCAAUUUUUAUUGUGGCUCAGACCGUAGAGAAGUUGUUGAGAAAUACAUUGAUAUUGCUGGCGAAAUCGUACUUUAUUUUUCUCAAAUUAACAUAGAUGAUGUUCGGGCUGUUCUUAAAACUCAUCUACCGAAGAAAAAAGGAGAUUCUAAAUUAUUUUGCGAUGUUAAAUUCACGAAAAUUCCUCAUCAUGAUCGCAUUUAUGGAGCGGGACCGUUUGCUUUUGAUUAUGUGGCAAGUAAUGAAUGGACGAAAAUUAAACUUUAA